AUGUGCAUCACACUUUCGACGUCAGCGACUCUACUACAGAGCCAACGAUUCCAAAACCCAACCUCCAACAUCGGCACAACCACUGAUAUAACGACAGAAGGGAAACCACACCGGCCACAACCACUGCAACUGUUUCAAGUAUGCUCUGGAAGCCACCACAGCGAUCAACCACUGAAGGAAUCUACCACAAUACCUUCAACUACUGAAACAACGACUGGAAUUACUCCUGAGGAACCAACAUCCCAACCGAGUACCUCCUCCUCAACGCAGGAACCAACAACAAGCGAUGGUUCAACAACUGAACCGUCGACAAGUGGUGCAUCGACACUUUCGACGUCAGCGACUCUUACUACAGAGCCAACGAGUUCCACAACAACCUCUGAUAUAACGACAGAAGUCACAACCACAUCGGCCACAACCACUGAUAUAACGACAGAAGGGAAAACCACACCGGCCACAACCACUGCAACUGUUUCAAGUACUGCUACUGGAAGCUCAACCAGUCAGUCGUCCACAACUAUAGCAGCAUCAACCACUGAGGAAUCUACCACAAUACCUUCAACUACUGAAACAACGACGGGAAUUUCUUCUGAGGAACCAACAUCUCAACCGAGUACCUCCUCGUCAACAGCCAACGAUUCAACAACAACCUCUGAUAUAACGACAGAAGUCACAACCACAUCGGCCACAAACACUGAUAUAACGACAGAAGGGACAACCACACCGGCCACAACCACUGCCACUGUUUCAAGUACUGCUGCUGGAAGCCCUACCAGUGAGUUGUCCACAACUAAAGCAGCAUCAACCACUGAGGAAUCUACCACAAUACCUUCAACUACUGAAACAACGACUGGAAUUACUCCUGAGGAACCAACAUCCCAACCGAGUACCUCCUCCUCAACGCAGGAACAAACAACAAGCGAUGGUUCAACUACUGAACCGUCGACAAGUGGUGCAUCGACACUUUCGACGUCAGCGACUCUUACUACAGAGCCAACGAGUUCCACAACAACCUCUGAUAUAACGACAGAAGUCACAACCACAUCGGCAACAACCACUGAUAUAACGACAGAAGGGACAACCACACCGGCCACAACCACUGCAACUGUUUCAAGUACUGCUACUGGAAGCCCUACCAGUGAGUUGUCCACAACUAAAGCAGCAUCAACCACUGAGGAAUCUACCACAAUACCUUCAACUACUGAAACAACGACUGGAAUUACUCCUGAGGAACCAACAUCCCAACCGAGUACCUCCUCCUCAACGCAGGAACAACAACAAGCGAUGACGUCAGCGACUCUUACUACAGAGCCAACGAGUUCCACAACAACCUCUGAUAUAACGACAGAAGUCACAACCACAUCCGCAACAACCACUGAUAUAACGACAGAAGGGACAACCACACCGGCCACAACCACUGCAACUGUUUCAAGUACUGCUACUGGAAGCCCUACCAGUGAGUUGUCCACAACUAAAGCAGCAUCAACCACUGAGGAAUCUACCACAAUACCUUCAACUACUGAAACAACGACUGGAAUUACUCCUGAGGAACCAACAUCCCAACCGAGUACCUCCUCCUCAACGCAGGAACAAACAACAAGCGAUGGUUCAACUACUGAACCGUCGACAAGUGGUGCAUCGACACUUUCGACGUCAGCGACUCUUACUACAGAGCCAACGAGUUCCACAACAACCUCUGAUAUAACGACAGAAGUCACAACCACAUCGGCCACAACCACUGAUAUAACGACAGAAGGGACAACCACACCGGCCACAACCACUGCAACUGUUUCAAGUACUGCUCCUACAAGCUCAACCAGUGAGUUGUCCACAACUGAAGCAGCAUCAACCACUAAGGAAUCUACCACAAUACCUUCAACUACUGAAACAACGACGGGAAUUACUCCUAAGGAACCUACAUCCCAACCGAGUACCUCCUCUUCAACGCAGGAACAAACAACAAGCGAUGGUUCAACUACUGAACCGUCGACAAGUGGUGCAUUGACACUUUCGACGUCAGCGACUCUUACUACAGAGCCAACGAGUUCAACAACAACCUCUGAUAUAACGACAGAAGUCACAACCACAUCGGGAACAACCACUGAUAUAACGACAGAAGGGACAACCACACCGGCCACAACCACUGCAACUGUUUCAAGUACUGCUGCUGGAAGCCCUACCAGUGAGUUGUCUACAACUAAAGCAGCAUCAACCACUGAGGAAUCUACCACAAUACCUUCAACUACUGAAACAACGACGGGAAUUACUCCUGAGGAACCAACAUCCCAACCGAGUACUUCCUCCUCAACGCAGGAACAAACAACAAGCGAUGGUUCAACUACUGAACCGUCGACAAGUGGUGCAUUGACAGUUUCGACGUCAGCGACUCUUACUACAGAGCCAACGAGUUCCACAACAACCUCUGAUAUAACGACAGAAGUCAGAACCACAUCGGCCACAACCACUGAUAUAACGACAGAAGGGACCACCACACCGGCCACAACCACUGCAACUGUUUCAAGUACUGCUACUGGAAGCCCUACCAGUGAGUUGUCCACAACUAAAGCAGCAUCAACCACUGAGGAAUCUACCACAAUACCUUCAACUACUGAAACAACGACUGGAAUUACUCCUGAGGAACCAACAUCCCAACCUAGUUUCUCCUCGUCAACGCAGGAACCAACAACAAGCGAUGGUUCAACUACUGAACCGUCGACAAGUGGUGCAUCGACACUUUCGACGUCAGCGACUCUUACUACAGAGCCAACGAGUUCCGCAACGACCUCUGAUAUAACGACAGAAGUCACAACCACAGCCGCAACAUCCACUGAUAUAACGACAGAAGGGACAACCACACCGGCCACAACCACUGCAACUCUUUCAAGUACUGCUACUGUAAACCCUACCAGUGAGUUGUCCACAACUAAAGCAGCAUCAACCACUGAGGAAUCUACCACAAUACCUUCAACUACUGAAACAACGACUGGAAUUACUCCUGAGGAACCAACAUCCCAACCGAGUACCUCCUCUUCAACGCAGGAACCAACAACAAGCGAUGGUUCAACAACUGAACCGUCGACAAGUGGUGCAUCGACACUUUCGACGUCAGCGACUCUUACUACAGAGCCAACGAGUUCCACAACAACCUCUGAUAUAACGACAGAAGUCACAACCACAUCGGCCACAACCACUGAUAUAACGACAGAAGGGACAACCACACCGGCCACAACCACUGCAACUGUUUCAAGUACUGCUACUGAAACUCAACCAGUAGUCGUCCACAACUAA